CCAAAAUACACGGCCGAACAAUACUAAAUUAAAAGAUGGCGGCAAAGUUUCGUAUAGUUAGGUUUAUAUUUGCAAUAGCUGGCCUUAUUCUGAUGGUUCAAAUCCUCACAACUGUUCACUUUUCAUCGAGGGACUGGCCAGAUGAUCACCCAAUACAAGGAAGGAAUCAUAUAGAUAAUUUUCACCACAGAUUGAGUUCGCACGUGGGAAAGUGGAAAUCAGUCGAGGAAAGCGAAUAUAUACAUAGUUAUCAUGUGAGAGGAUUAAUAAAGUCUAGUCAAACUACUUCUAAAGACAAAGAAACUGAACACUCAAAAGUUCCUUUUGUGCCCCCAUGCAAACCAAAGCAUAAGGAUGCCACAUCUGCUCUGCGUCGGGCAAAGUCAGAACCCUGCAAAAGGGAAAUUUAUAAAAUUUCUUGCUUGGCUGAGAGCAAUAGACUUUAUAAUUUAGGAAUUAAAAGACUAUGCCCUGUACCUCGGGCAAGUAUAUCGCCUGCAAAACCUUCAUUGAAUGAUAAGUCAGCAGCCUAUGGGCCUCCGAUACGGAUAGCUUACGUUCUCUCACUUCAUGGAAGAGCCUUGAGACAGAUUAGACGAUUAUUUAAAGUAAUAUACCACACUCAUCAUUAUUUCUACUUCCAUAUAGACACGAGGUCAGAUUACCUGCGCCGUGAAGUAUCGAACAUGAUUAAGGACUUCCCUAAUGCAGCUCUUGCCCCGUGGAGCAUGGCGACAAUAUGGGGUGGGGCAACCCUCCUUCAGAUGUUGCUUAAGAGCAUGGAGGAUCUGAUAGCAAAGAAAGACUGGAAAUGGGACUUCUUUAUUAACUUGAGUGGGAACGAUUUUCCGAUCAAAGUAAAUACAGUAUUGAGCUCAUUUCUGCGAUCUCACCGAGAUGUGAACUUUCUCAAGCCACAUGGAAGGGAUAUAGCAAGGUUCAUCAAAAAGCAAGGACUUGAUCGCACAUUUCUGCAAUGUGAUGAGCACAUGUGGAGACUGGGCGAUCGGAAACUCCCAGCAGACCUUGACAUAGAUGGCGGAAGUGAUUGGAUCGCACUCAACCGGAAGUACUGUGAUUACCUUGUAACGUCACGUGACGAACUUGUGACCGGCUUGAAGCACAUGUACCGCUACACCCUCCUACCCGCUGAGUCGUUUUUCCACACUGCACUGCGCAAUGGGCCACACUGCCAGAACUGGCUUUCCAGCAAUCUGCGACUCACUAACUGGAAGCGUAAACUUGGCUGUCGUUGUCAGUACAAACAUAUUGUCGACUGGUGUGGAUGUUCGCCAAAUAACUUCAAACCCGAAGACAUGGCUAGGAUAAAGAGCCAAAGUACAAAUUUCUUCGCGCGUAAAUUUGAGGCUAUAGUGAACCAAGAGGUCAUCAACCAACUAGACGAAUGGCUGUACGGCAAAUAUCCCCAGGGUACCCCUGGAUGGGACUACUACUGGGAAAACCUAUACCACCACGAGGACACACUGACGCGUACCUCGGACCCCUUUCUCUCCUUCUUCCACUCCUUUCCACGCGUCGCUAUCAAGCGCUUGCUCCGGGGGAUGCAGGACGACUGCCAGAUCACUCCCCAGGGGGUGAGGGAGGUCACUUAUCUGAACCAGCACGAUCGCUUUAGCGGCGUUGUGACGCUGUACGAGGUGUUGUUUGAGACCCCCCGGAAUGGGGGAGAGCAGAGGGCGGUGCUAGAAUCAUGGUUAUCGCCGGUUGCGAAGGAAGAGCUGAUGAACCUGAAUAUGAAGAACGGUCCACAAAGGCUCGUAUCGCUUGAUGUGGGGACGUCGUGGGACCAAAAAGAGCGGGUGUUCCGUAACCUAGCGCGCCUGAUAGGCCCUUAUGAUGACCCUGUGCUGGUUCAUCGCUGGGUGCAUGGAGACGCAUUUGACGUCAAGAUUAUGUGGGUGGACCCUAUCAAUGUCGUGACAGGAGUCUACGAGAUGCACGUUGUCGACAACUGGGUUGUAUCAUUCCACAAGCCGGUGUUUAAGAAACCCAUGCGACCGGGCAAGUGGAUUAUUAAGAUGAUUUAUACAGACAAGGGCGAGGAUAUGGUGAUUGGCGAGACUAGUUUCCUAGUCGUCCCUCUGGCGUUCGACAAAGGUGAACCCGUGAGUAGUCAGCAGGCUAUGGAGGCUAACAGCGGCCCCCCUGGCGGAAUAUACAACACUAAUGACUUCCUGAUCGAAUUUGACCGUGAGGCCAACAACACUGAAACUGCGGCCAAGGAAGCUGCAGAGAACUCCAGAAAAUCAGGACAAGAGCUGGAUAACUGGAUUGAUCACGUAGUUACUGGGUUCUGGAGCGUGGAAGGCACGUGUCUGGUGCAUGGUUCGGUCCCAGACUGUGUGCGGUUACCAGACUGUAAGGAAACCCGUUGGAGCACAAAGUCCCCGGACCCAAAAUCGGAAUUUGGGAAAGUGAAAGCGAAUGGAAGGUUAAGAUAACACAGAGAGCCCGCAGUAUUCCCAAAUAAACACUCCUUACGCAAAGACAAAUGGCAGGUAACGCAGGAAGCCCGCAGCAGUCCCAAAUACGCACUCCUUUGUACAAAAAGCCUAGUGGUAGGUAACACAGGGAGCCCGCAGCAAUCCCAAAUACAUCUCCUUACAUAUGCUGUUCGACGGAAAGCACUUCUAAAUUAUCAUUUUCAGAGUAGGUUUAUUGUUAUAUUAUUAAAUUAUUCACACUUGCUUAGUGUCGUUUUUAGGUUCGUCGUAUAGGGCUGUUUUCAAGGGAAAAAUAAAUUAUGGAAUACUAGAUCUGUCAUGGCUAAAUACGAGUCCAGUAGUGCUCGUCGAGUUUUCACUGAGCCUCAGACGGAGCUUGCAUGCGAAUGCUAGUCACCUUUUGUUUUAGCAAACCUAGAUUACUAAAAAAAAUAGAAAAAUAUAUUAUAUAUUUUAAAUGCGAAAUAAGAUCUAAUGUAUUUUGGAAAAUUAUUGAAAAAUUGGUAAAUUUUUAUAUUUGAAAGAUAACCUGUUAUUUAUAAUCAAGGGUCAGUAUCGUACGCUCGGUGAAAUAGUCCACCUGUAGGCUUUGGAUUUCGCUAUCUAGGCCACCAUUCCUUCGCGCCCGUAUUUUCCAAAAUGGCGGCCAAAUAACGAACUCCGGGUUUUCUCGUCGAAAUAAAACUCCAACGCCUGUAGGUAGACUACAAAUAAAAACAUAAAUAGUCCAAGGCAAGCCAAAAUCCCUAGGGAAAAAGUUCGUGCAAGCAAACUUUGGCUUAAACCCAGAGAUUUUUUCUCUAAAUUUGAUCGACCAAAAACUACAGUAUACGAUGGUGUUAUUUAAGAUUUUAUGAUUAUUUUAUAGGAACUUUUGAGAAACCACUUUUGAUUUUCACUUGUGAUUUCAAAAAGAGCCAUGUGAUAGAUGGAAAGAUAGAUAGAAAGAAAAAGAUAUAUUGAUUACUUUUAGAGUAAGAAGUAAUUAUAAUUAUGUACAGUAUUCGUUUACGGAUUUGUACCUUUUUACACAAAUAAAUGAUCACGUUUUAGAUAUUAUUAAAAACGUGUCUAAAAAUGCAGGCAUGGUCGGAUUGGGUUUCUGCUUUGCCUAAUUUUUACAUGUAAAUAAAAAAUAAAAAGUUCAGCAUUAUCUUA